CGAAAAGAGCCAUUUGAACCGGCCAAUACCGGCCGGCCGAGGGCGGGCUUUGCGAGCCCUAUAAAGGGGGCUGGCGAGAGGGGGCUGAGGCUCUUGCAGCGGUCGCCGGCUGUGGCGUCUGCACCUGCUCUGCGCCGUUCGGGUCCGACCCCUCCGUCGUCCUCUCGCGCCGGCCUACCUCGCCCCUUGACGCCAUGACCACCACCACCACCUUCAAGGGCGUCGACCCCAACAGCAGGAAUAGCUCCCGGGUUUUGCGGCCUCCAGGUGGUGGAUCCAAUUUUUCGUUAGGCUUUGAUGAACCAGCAGAACAACCUGUGAGGAGGAACAAAAUGGCCUCUAGCAUCUUUGGGACACCUGAAGAAAAUUCUCCGUCUUGGGCCAAGUCCACAGAUGCCAAGUCCAAUGGUGGUAGGGAAGAUACCGAGUCAUUUGGACCCCAGAGAAGGAACUCGAUGGAAGCAAGCUCUGGAGACUUCUUAGAUCUGAAGGGAGAAAGUGACAUUCAUGAAAAUGUGGACACAGACUUCCAAGCCAGCCUGGGACAGAGUGAGGAGAAGCCCGUGCCCGCCGCACCCGUGCCCAGCCCAGUGGCUCCGGCGCCCGUGCCAUCCAGAAGAAACCCACCCGGUGGCAAGUCCAGCCUAGUGCUGGGUUAACUCCACCCAUCCUAAACUCUGUCGUUUUGUUUGUUUGUUUGUUUUCUCCAUGCUUGUGAACUGCACAACUUGAGCCUGACUGUACGUCUUUUGGAUUUGUUUCAUUAAAAAAGAAGCACUUUAUGUACUGCGGUCCUUUUUUUUUUUUUUUUUUUUUCCCUUUCCUUUUUUAAAGAACAGGGUUCUCUGUCCUGACUCCUCUGGGGUCUGGUGGCCAUGGCAUGAGUGUUUUUAGUAGUAGAUUCAAGGGAAAGCGUUGUGACACUAGUACUGUGUUUCUAAGAACAAAUAAUUUGGUUCCAAAUGUGUUCGAGGAUCUUUUGUACUGAGGUUUUUUAAACCCUUUUCUUGUCAGCUUCACUUGGGUUUACCAAGCCUUGAUUGGCCAGGCCAGUAAACAGCCUCCAGGCAUGUUCCUUUGAGGCCCCCAACACGCAAGGUUGUCUUUUUGCAGAACCUUCUCCUUGGUGUUGCCCUAACUUACUGGUGUCCUUAGCUGAAAGCAUCUCUAUUCCACUGUGCCAUACGGAACAAUGCAGGCCUGUGCCUCCUGCCUUGCUGCCUGCAGAGCAAAGAAAAUGCCUUUUAUUUUUUAACCUUAAGAAAUCAGCUGGAUACUAACAUGACUGGCUGACAAGCAAAGCCCACUGCUCUGUGCAGAGGAAGGCUUAGGAUGUACAAUCAAACCAGAAUCAGAAGUGGUGAAGCAAGCAAGGGAGGUGAAUCACACAGAAGUGGGUCUUCAUCAAGGAAUGUAUCCCACGGGGUCCUUUUUCGUAUAAAAUAACUGGAUGCUGUGUGCAUGAUGCUUGACCAUGACACGAAAGUCUCAUCUUUAAAAUGUGUGUUGUACUUGACGAUCCUGGGCUGUUGCUCAAACAAUAUACAAAUUUUGAAAAA